CUCUUGGUACUCGAGUGCUCGAGGUCCCAUUGCUGGAAGGCGAGAGGCGGAGGUGUUGCAGGAAGCACACGCGAAGCCCUUUUUGUUGCGCACGAUCCAUCCAAGUCCUUCGUAGUCCUGCUGGUGGCACGCGACGCGUCGAGGUCCAGCCAGCGACACGAGAGAAGGCAUCGAGGUCCUGCCGGUGACCAGUAAGGGAGGUGCUGAGGACCGCAGGCUGCUGCUAAGCGCCUGGCACCAGGGCAGCCUCCCACAGCGGACGACCAUCUCCACGCCAGGGCGGCUGCAGGCACCAUGAACCGGCCACAGCAGGAGCAGCCAGAAGAGGCCCCCGGGGACGAGACGUGCCCCAUCUGCCUGGGCCGGAUGUCCAGCCCAGCUUGCAUCAACCCCUGCAGGCACUCCUUCUGCCUGGAGUGCAUCCAUGUCUGGGCCGCCGAAAGGGUCAGCUGCCCAAUGUGCCGCGGGCUCAUCAUAGCCAUCGUGCGCCUGGUGCCGCCCGCCCAGCGCGACGCCUCGUCCCGCCGGCCCCGCAGAAGAUUGGAGCGCAAUGUGGGGCUGGGGCGGCGGCAGCAGCGGCAGAGGAGCCCCUCCAGCUAUCGGUCCCGCAGCGUCUCGCCCAGGCGCAGGGAGCGCAGCCCCCCCAUGGCACGACAACUUGCCCGAAGCUUUUCAUGGCACUCGGGGCACUCGGGGCGCGGACUGCCACGGUCCCCGGAGGAUGACAACCUCGGGGACUUACUCUGGCUGCGAAGGGUCCAGCUGGAGGAACCGGGGUCCGGUGACCACGCGGGCCGGCAGGCCAGGCCCCAAGACUGAGCAGGGCCUCACCU